CAACAACGCCCUUGCCCUUCACUCCUCUCUCUUCCCUUCCACCACCACCUGCACUUUCGACUAUAUUCCUUCUCUCAACAUCUCCUCCUACUACUACAACACCCUGCUAUCACUCUCUGCAAUGUCCAAAGCUAACUCGGGCACAUCCACACCCGUCACCGGUCCACACCUCCUGCUCAAACGUCAGCUCGCAGAACUUCGCAAACACCCGGUGGAUGGCUUCUCCGCCGGUCUCGUAGACGACUCUAACCUGCUCGAAUGGGAGAUUCUCAUCAUCGGACCUCCUGACACGGUCUACGAAGGAGGGUUCUUCAAAGCUCGUCUCAAAUUCCCACCCGAGUAUCCCCUCCUCCCGCCUAAGAUGACUUUCAUCACCCAGAUGUGGCAUCCGAACAUUUACCCCAACGGCGACGUGUGCAUCUCUAUCUUACACCCUCCGGGAAACGAUGAAUACGGGUACGAGGACGCGGGCGAGCGGUGGCUUCCUGUGCACACGAUCGAGACAAUUCUCCUGAGCGUCAUCUCUCUCUUGUCCUCCGACACGCCCAAUACCGACUCUCCUGCCAACAUAGAUGCCGCUAAGGAGGUACGCGAGGACAUCCAAGCGUACCGGAAACGCGUUCGCCGACUGGUACGGAGGAGCGCAGAGGAGGCGUUCGACUGAUAUGGGAUCCCGAUCCACCGACGCGAACUUUAUUUGGCCGUAUCGGUAAACAGGAGCAGAGAGUUAGGAGGAAGGAAGGAUUGAGCUAUGUCAGGAGGAGGCUGCAAGAGUGAUCAAUCGGGGGUGGGAGCGAGUUAUGAACGGUGCAGGCAAGUCUCAGCAACCAGUCCAUCCCAUCCAUCAUCCAUCCAUCCUUCUUUAACGUUUCUUCAUGCUAUCCCCUCUCUUUAUAGCCACUGUAUCAUCGCACACCCCCAUGCACCCUCUCGUGACUUUCUGACUUUUUACCACACACUGUCACCGUCCCUCUUCCUGGCUAGCGGAUGUCUGUUCUACAUUCCAAGCAACUGUUGUUCUACCAUCACUAAUUUCUGCCUUUCUUUACCAAUC